AUGCCUGACGAUAAGCAAAGUAAAGAUGAGGCAUCACAAAGUGAACAGAGCGUAGGGAAGACUUUGGCUGACUUGAAAGGAUUACGUGCGUCAUCAAAGGGAAAUCUGAGUCGAACGAAGAACCUUAUAAUACAGAAGGGAAGUACGCUUUCAGAACCCGAACUAGAAUGUCGUUUAGGGAUUCUUGAGUCAUAUUUUAAACAGAUAUUGAAUGUUCAAUCGUCCAUUGAAAGAUUUAAUAACCCUGACGAAGAAAAGACUAAUGAGGCUUUUCGUGAAGAGGUAGAAGAAAUUUAUGUUUGCGCGAAAACAAAAAUAAUGACAUUGUUAUCGGACAUGAGGGGCAACACAACUGCUGCUGAGCAUUUAAAUGCAACAUAUUUUCCAGAGCACCCCCGCCCUCGCUCAAAGUUAGAACCAAUAAAACUACCUACGUUUUCCGGUAAAUUCUCAGAAUAUCCUAAUUUUAUGGGAUUAUUUACGAAUUUAGUUCACAAAGACGAAAGCCUUGACACUUUGCAAAAGUUUAAUUACUUGCUCAGAUAUCUUUCUGGUUCAGCAUUGGAUGCUGUAAGAGACUUUAAUGUCGUUAGCUCAAAUUAUCAGAAAGCACUAGAUAGAUUAAAGGCCCGCUUUGAUAAUAAGACUCUUUUAUUUCAAGAGCACAUAAAUAGUUUGUUAGAAUUUCCAAAACUUUCUAAAAUAUCUGCUUCAUCUUUACGUCAUUUGGAGGAUAGUUUUAAUACACAUUUCACUGCAAUGCUUGCAAUAGGAAAUUACAAAGACAUAGCUUCCUCGAUUUUGAUCUCGUUAGCUAUGGAUAGAGUGGAUGAAGAAACUCAAUCGAAAUGGCAGGAUGAAAUGGACUAUAAUAAGCUCCCAACGUGGGAUGAAUUUAAUAAAGUUUUAGAUCGUCGUUGUAAAAGCUUAGAAGCAAAAGAAGCUAGGAUUCCAAAGCCAAGCACUUCUGCUAAGAGUCAGGCGAAAUUCGAUCAUUCAAGUUCGCAAAAUAGUGGAAAAAAGCAGUUUAGGAAAUUUAAAGCUACAACGUUAGCCGCGGAGCGCAUACAAUGUGAAUAUUGUAAGUCCUUGCAACACUUUAUUGAUUCUUGUCCAGAAUUUGAUAGCUUGCCAGUGGGAAGGAGGUUCCUGGAAGUUAAAAAGCGUAUCCUUUGUAUAAAUUGUCUGGGAAAGGAUCAUUCUGUGCGACAUUGUACUAAGCCAAAGUGCAGCAUUUGCUCGUUACCUCAUAAUAAGCUACUCCACAGAUUUUCGGUCAAUAAUGCGAACGAUAGCUCAGGCCAGGGCCAGUCUAGCUCGGCUUCAUUAGUUGGCAGGUCAUCUAAUCAAACUAUUCUAGCCACAGCUGUUGUCUUAAUUAAAGAUAGUUAUGGUAAUUUUCAACCUGCGCGUGUUUUGUUAGACUCGGCCUCGCAAUUAAAUUUCAUAACUGAAAGUAUGGUGCAAAGACUUAGACUAUCAAAAUCCAAGGCAGAUAUACAAAUAAGUGGAAUAGGGAACGGGUUCACAAAUGUCCGAUACACCACAAAAUCGGUUUGUAGAUCCAGGAUUUCUGAGUUUGAGACUGAAUUAGAGCUUCUUGUAAUCAAAAACAUUACUAAUCAUCAGCCUAGCAAAUCAUUUGAGGUAGAAAGUUGGAAAAUACCAAAAAAUAUUGUACUAGCAGAUCCAAACUUCAACGAAACUGCUAAAGUUGAUAUGCUGAUAGGCGCAGACCAUUUCUUUGACCUUUUAUCGAUUGGUCAGAUCAAAUUGGAAGAGAAGCUUACUCUUCAAAAGACCCUUUUUGGAUGGGUCGUUUCGGGAUCAUAUGAUUCAUCAGAUGCAUCAGCCAGGACAGUUUGCCUUGUAGGAGGGGAGCAGUUGUCGAAAGACGAAUAUCUCCACGAACGUGUUGAAAAGUUGUUUGAAAUAGAAAACUAUCCCAUAACUUCUAAACUGCUUAACCCUGAAGAAGAAAAAUGUGAAGAACAUUUCAAAAAUACAGUAGAGAAAAAUGGGGAAGGCAGAUAUGUUGUGAGUUUUCCGUUUAAAGAAGAUCCAUCGGCAUUAGGAGAAUCCUUUGAAAUAGCAAAAAAGAGAUUUAUGUCGUUCGAAAGGAGGCUUAUGAAGAAUAUCGUUGUAAAAGAACAAUACGUAGAUUUUUUGAAAGAGUAUGAGGAUCUAGGACAUAUGUCGGAAGUUAGUGAUGCUGAGACUAAAAAUAUGAAGUACUUUUGCCCCCAUCAGUACGUGCUCAGACCGGAAUCAACAACUACAAAACUUAGAGUAGUUUUUGAUUGUAGUGCUAAAACUUCAUCCGGUAAAUCCUUAAACGAUAUUUUAAUGAAAGGUCCGAUAAUGCAAGAUGAUCUUUACUCAAUUAUAUUACGUUUUCGCUGUUACAAAUACGCACUUACAGCUGACAUCUCCAAAAUGUACCGCCAAAUAGUAGUGAAUCCAAAUGAUCGUAAAUACCAAUGUAUUCUUUGGAGAUCUAAUCAAACGGAUCCGUUAAAGGUGUACCAGUUAAAUACAGUGACCUAUGGAACAACUUCGGCGCCUUAUUUAGCUAUCCGCUGUUUAAAGACAUUGUCAGAAGAAGGUGCAAGUAUGUUUCCAUUAGGUUCAAAAGUUCUGAAUGAGGAUUUUUAUAUGGACGACCUAAUCAGUGGGGGAGAUUCGCCAGAAGAAAUUUUUGGUAUAUAUGAAGAAGUUAGAACCCUUUUACUUAGUGCAGGCUUUGAGCUUCGUAAGUGGUGGUCGAAUGAAAAAACUUUGUUGGAUGUCGUACCAGAAGUAGAACGAGAGAAACCACUUAGAAUAAAUGAUGCAGACAUUAUUAAAACUUUAGGAAUCAAAUGGAAUCCAUCUUCAGACGAGCUCCAGUAUGUGAUUCCAGAAAUUAAGUUAAACCAGAAAAUAACAAAGCGCAUUAUUCUAUCUGAAUUGUCUACUCUAUUUGACCCAUUGGGGUUAGUUAACCCAGUUGUUGUGAAAGGUAAAAUUCUGUUGCAAAGCUUGUGGGUAAAAAAGACUGAUUGGGAUGAAUCAGUUCAAGCACGAAUUUUUACUGAAUGGGAAGCUUUUCGAAAUCACUUGAAAGAGUUGGAAUUGGUCAAAGUUCCGAGAUAUGUGUUAAGCUUGAGGUCAAGAAACACACAAAUUCAUGGAUUCUCGGAUGCAUCUUUACGUGCAUAUGGCUGUUGUGUUUAUUUAAGGUCUGUUGACGAAAAUGGGGUAGUUUCUUGCAACUUGAUAACGGCAAAAUCCAGAGUAGCGCCUAUAAAAACUCAAAGUUUGCCAAGAUUAGAAUUAUGUGCAGCGGAAUUGCUUGCUUCUAUUAUUUUAAAGAUUCUUCCAAAUUUCUCGCAUAUAGUUGACGAUAUUUACUUAUGGACCGAUUCCGAAAUAGUGCUUUGUUGGUUGUCAGCACAUCCUUCGAGUUGGGAAGUAUUUAUUGCGAAUAGAGUAUCAAAAAUACAAACAAAUUUGCCCCAAGCUACUUGGAAGCAUGUAAACACAAAACAAAAUCCUGCAGACAUUGUAUCUCGGGGUGCCUAUGCAAGUGAGUUGAGGGACAGCAUGUGGUUUUCGGGUCCAAAAUUCCUUAAAUUGUCACAAGAUAUGUGGCCUAAACAAAAAGAUUUGUCAAUGAUAAGAAAAGAUACUCCUGGAAUGCGAAAAUGUAAUGUAGUUCUUUUGGCGAAAAUUAUAGAUGAUCACUUUGAGAAUAUGUACUUGCGUUUUAAAAGCAUUGACAAAACAUGUCAAAUAUUUGCGCUUAUACUUCGCUGGAUCAUCGUAGUUCGCAAAAAGAUGAUAAUUAAGAAAGAAGAGAAAGAACAAAAAGAAGAAAAAACAGUUUUUGAAGAAUAUGAACUUCGUUAUAAUUCACCUAUCAGAGCUGAUGAGAUUGACAAUGCGUUGCUCAGAAUUCUUUGGAAUAUUCAACAAAAGAACUUCCAUGAGGAAAUUUAUAAAUUAAAAAAAGAAGACAUAAUUAGCCCUACGAGUCCCGUCAAAAAUCUCAAUCCUUUCCUCGACGGUGACUCAUUUAAACUCCUUAGAGUGGGUGGGCGUCUGCAGAAUGCGGACAUACCUUAUUCUGUAAAAUAUCCCCAAGCUCUAGUUGGAAUAGUGCGGCAGAGGUUCUGGGUGCUAGAUGUACGCACACUUGCAAAGAAAGUCGUUAGUAGCUGUUGGACUUGUUUCAAAUAUAGACCAAAGAUGUUGGGUCAAAUUAUGGGCAAUCUGCCUACCGACAGAGUGCAGCCUGCAAGAGCAUUUUUAAAGAGUGGUGUAGACUUUUGCGGUCCGUUCCAAACGACUUACAAGCUGCGAGGGCAAAGAACUUCAAAAUCUUAUGUAGCCGUCUUCGUCUGUUUCGUUGUGAAGGCGGUCCAUCUGGAGGUUGUCUCAGAUUUAACUACUGAAGGGUUUAUUGCAGCACUUAAACGAUUUGUAGCAAGGCGAGGUUUAUGCAAGGAUCUGUAUUGCGAUAAUGGAACGAAUUUUGUUGGGGCCCGUAACCAGUUAGAAGAGUUCAGGCGAAGUUUUCUUGACCAGAAAACGGAACAAAGAAUAAGUCAAUGGUGUGCCGCAGAGCGAAUUCAGUUCCAUCAUAUACCUCCAAAGACUCCACAUUUUGGUGGGCUAUGGGAGGCCGCCGUAAAGUCAGCCAAAAAACAUCUCGUUCGCACCGUCGGGGAAACUUCCCUUACCUUUGAAGAACUGUCAACUGUUGUGGCUGAUAUAGAAGCUAUAUUGAAUUCCCGUCCAAUGUAUGCGAUGUCCAAUGACCCGAGUGAUGAAGAAGUCCUUACUCCUGGUCAUUUUUUAAUUGGUGGUCCAUUAAAUGCAAUAGUCGAACCAGUGGUCACUGACUACAAGAUGUCUGCGUUGAAGAGAUGGCGACAGCUGACGUUGAUAAAGCAGCAUUUUUGGAAUCGAUGGUCGAAGGAAUAUCUGGUAGACUUACAAAGACGAGUAAAAUGGUCUGUUUCAUCUCAAAAUGCCAAAAUUAAUAGCCUAGUUCUCGUUGGGGAUGACAAUGCACCUCCACAAAACUGGCUAAUGGGACGAAUAACAAAUUUGAUUCAAUCUUCAGAUGGGAAGGUUCGUGUUGUUGAUAUCAAUACCAAAAAGGGCGUGAUUCGAAGGUCAAUUCAUCGGAUAGCACCGCUUCCACUAGAUGAUUGA